UCUAAACAGAUUGGAUAAGUGGUUGGAAAGGCUUUACCGAAGACCCUCGAAGAUUCAUUCACAGUUCCAUACCACCUCGCUGAAUUUUGUAUUCUAUAUAUUGAGGAUCUUUGUGACACUAUUGGAAGGUGCUAUCAAAUUCUCAAAUUCAUUAGUCAUGAAGUCAACUCUAGUGGACCGGUUCAACUACAUUAAUGAUGAUAAACUACAAUUAGCGAUCCCGAUUGGACCACGCUUUCAAGCUGAUGUGCCUGAUUGGAGGGGCCCACCUCACAAAAAUUACCCUUGUGGCUCUCUAAUAAAAUCAGACUCUUCAAAAUGGUUGGGCACUGUGAUAUGGUCAACAAAAAACUCGACUCCAGUGAGUGAAGGGGAUGUCAUAGGAAAAGGAAGACCUGCAUCUUGCAAUUGUGCCACCCCUGGAUCCAUCUUAUGUGUCAAACACCACAUCAGUAAGAAGUCAGCCAACCUGCUGAACAAUUUGGGACCUGCUUUCCAGAAAUGGAGGUUUGAUCAAAUGGGAGAAACCAUUGGCAAGUUAUGGAAACAACCCGAGCAGCAGAGGCUCACCAAUCUGAUAAGAAAAUGUGCACUUUCAGGUGAUGAGUUCCUUAAACCUGCGUUGGAAUGUUUUCCAAGAAAGUCAAAGAAAGACAUAGUCAGCUAUUACUUCAAUGUACACAUCCCUAGACGAAUGAGCAUACGAACAAGGUCGGGCUGUACGAAGGUUGAUACAGAUGAUGAAGAGGAGAAGUCAAAGCCUCCUUGUUCCAAAGGGCCUAGAAAAAGGGCUCGGGUUGAUGGUAUGACUGGGUAUAGUUCUAAAAUUGUGAACACCAGGUACUUAACUGGACGAAGAUGACCCUACCUUUUGGUGUCAGGACCUGUGCUACAAGUCAGGUUUUACUAGCUCCAAUCUCCAAGUAUUCUUUCACAGGUGAUGUUUUUCUUCUCGUUUUUUCUUUAUUAUCAAGUACUUUCCCAACUAGGAUCAGAUUGAGGGAACAUCAAUAGGCAAAGUCCAUAUAUAUAGGUAGGGAUUUGGUGGAGUUUUGCCUAUGGUCCACACUCUACUUGCUGUGUUUUAUAACAUGUGAUCCUGGUAGUAUUAUCAAAGUGUUUUUAUUCUCUACAACUAA